AUGGAGGCAGUCAAACCAGCAGCCGAAGCGCGCUCCCUUUUCGUCCCCAACGGUUUCAGGGUCUCGAAAUGGGCUUUCGCCGCGGCGCUGCUGGCUCUGGAUGGCCUACUCGUCUGCUUGAUCAUAGCCUACGUUCCCUGUGAGUUCUGAUCUCUCUGUGCGUUCAUGUUUCUAUGUGUCCUUUGCCUUUAGUUUGACAGUCUCGCCUGCCGCGUAGACACGAAGAUCGAUUGGGAUGCGUACAUGUCUCAGGUAAUAGAUAAUGUUACGGCACCAGUUACCCAGUAUCAUGUGUCUGGCUUCUCAGUUCUAGGUUGAUUCACUUCCCUUGUUUACCUGAACUGUUAUGAAUUUAAUUUAAUUAUGUUUUUUCUGGUUGAUGAGAAAUGAGAAUAGGUGGAUGGUUUCCUUCAAGGAGAGAGGGACUACACGAAAUUGGAAGGCGACACGGGUCCUCUGGUUUACCCAGCUGGGUUUCUUUACAUCUACAGCGCCCUGAAAUAUGUGACCGGUGGACUGGUCUUUCAAGCACAGGUGUAGCUGCUUGGAGAUACCAAAGGAGAUUCAUUUUUUAGUUUCUCCAUUUUGUUUAUAAAUUCUUGAUGUUUUUUAAUACAUUAUCGAAUGUUGUGUUGUGACGUCUGCCCUCUUAUGCCCAUUUGAUCACUAUUCACUAUACCUCAUAACUUUUUAUUUAGCUUUUUUCUUCAAGGAUUAUUGCACAUGAUCACAUUUUCUUGUGUCAUUUUGCAGGUCGUUUUCGGCAUAUUGUACAUCAUCAAUCUUGCAAUAGUGAUGUUUAUCUACUUAAAGACUGAUGUGGUACAGAAACCUUCACUAAAAUUUUAUCUUUGUUUCUGAGGUUUUCUCACGUUGUCCUAGGUUCUAUGAUUAUUGUAAAUCAUCUGAUGGUAGAAUGAACAUCUUCUAAUUGAAAAGGAAUCAAUAUUUAUAAUGCUUAAAAAUUAUGAUUGUACUUCUUUUCCUAGGAGGGAUACACGACUCUACCCUGUUUUGUGAUAUUUUUUGAUGAACUGUGUAUCCCCCAUUACAUGUACCUCACUCAGGAAAAUUAUCGUGAGGACCCAUUGCAGUAACUGUCUGUCCUUGGUCUCUAUGCGCCCAAGGUACAAAAUUAUACACAAAUGUGCCGAAAGGUUGGUUGAUUAUGUGCAUCCUGACUUGCCACCCUGGUCAACUUUGAUCUUCCAUGACAUAGGCCUGCCUGCCAUAAAAAUACUUUCUAGAACAUAUUAACUGAUUAUGCAACUUUAUCCUUGUAGUUUAGGGCACUAUUUCUUUUCUUCACAGUUUUUAUGGAUGAAGAUAAAUUUUCUGCUUUCUUCCUGAUAGAUUUUUGACAGCUUUUUAUUGUUUUGCAGCUCCCAUUAUGGGCUCUUUGUUUGCUCUGUUUGUCAAAGAGGGUCCACUCUAUAUUUAUGCUUCGACUUUUCAAUGACUGUUUUGCGAUAGUGCUACUUCAUGCUUCAGUGGCUUCAAUUUUACAUGCGCAAUGGCAUCUGGGCUUAGUUAUAUUCAGGUUACUAAUGAAAUGUUUAUUUAAUCAAAGUAAUAGCUAUGUUUUGUUCAUUACAUGAGAUUUCUUUCGAUGCAUCCUGUGACAUAGUUUUAUUUAUUAUUCGGUUUCUCUUGUAGUGCUGCUGUAUCAGUGAAGAUGAGCGUGCUCCUUUAUGCUCCUCCUUUGUUUUUGCUCAUGCUAAAGGUAUAUAAAAUCUCCACCAGUGAAUUUGACAACGGCAAUCAUAUCCUCGUUGACCAAAAACAAAUCCAACUGUCAAGAGUUGGCUGAUUUUUUUCCUGUCAGGGAAUGAGUCUAAGGGGUGUUACCUCUGCUCUCUUUUGCGCAGCAUUGGUGCAGGUACGUAUGCUUUUCCCAUUAUCAAUGUCUGGUACCUUUAUUUAAAUUUCACCUUCGGGAAAAUGAACGAUAAUUAGAUUCAGGUCUGUGCCAAUCUUUCAUCAUAAUUCAGAUAUUUCCUAGUUUUUAGUAACGAACUGUAAAUACCCAUGCCCUACGUCUACAUGCAUGGAUCAUAUGUACUGCAAAACUUGGGAUUUUUCCUUCACAUGGACGCCAAAGUUCGUGAAGUAAGGCUCUAGGGGGUUCCUAAAAGCUCUUGAGAUGAGACCUUUCAAACUUCUGGACCUGAAACCUAUAAAUAAAUAUCCGAUGGCAAUGGGGAGAAGCAAAAAAUGUAGUGGUGAAGGUAAUUUGGGAAUGAUUGCGAAGUCACUUUUAGGUUUGGGAAGGCUCCAUCAACAAAAGCUUUGAAGCGUCUCCUGAAAUGUAGGUUAUGUUCCUAGAUUAUAGCAUAAUCAUUUUUUGUCGAUGAGAAAUUUUACAUGAUUUACAUCUUGGCCAUGAAUCUGAUUAAAUGCUAGUAUGACUUCGCAUUUGUUAAGUCGGCAGACUUUUAUUUUCACGCCUAAUGAUCAUGUGGCGCAUUAUGCAGGUAUUGGUGGGAUUGCCUUUUCUGUUAUCUCACCCAGUGGCCUAUUUAUCAAGAUCCUUCAACCUCGGACGUGUCUUCAUACAUUUCUGGUCCUCUUUCAUCCUUGAAAGGCUACUUUUGUGCGGCUGUUACCUUAUAGUAUGAUAUGUAGCUUUCUCCCCAUUAGUUGGGGGUUAUCUUUCAGUAUCUGGCCGGUUUCUUAUGUAAAAUUUUUCAUCAUUUACUUUUGGACAGGUCUGUUAAUUUCAAGUUUGUUCCUGAAGAUAUAUUUGUAUCAAAAAAAUUCGCAACUUUCUUGCUUAUUACGCAUCUUACACUGCUGACAGCGUUCUGCCAUAAACGGUGGUGCAAGUAAGUACGAAAGCUCCUAACUUUUUUCAUGAAGUUGUUUUUUUUGAAAUUUUUAUUGUUAACUAUUUCUCUUACAUUGUGCCUACAUUUUGCUUACUUUUGUUGCUGCCACAUGCAUCAAUUAACCUUGCACUGGGCAACCAUUAAGGAUUAUAAUUUUGCUCGGUACAUGUGACCUCCAUAUCGUUCUAGGCAUUGGGGCUUGGAAAUAACUAGAUGGCCUUGUUUUGCAGGCACGAAGGAGGCCUCCUUUCUUUCUUGUAUUCUAGGAUUUGUCAGAUAAAAGUAAGGGCUGCUGUUCCUGAACCGUCCUCUGUUUCCACAGUUCUCUCUCGGGAUUCAAACCUCAGUAUCCUCAAUAAAGAGCGUGGGUGUCUUGAAGCCUAACAUGUCCUUCUUUUAUUUAGUCAUGGGGUUUCUUAUCACUCUAAAUAAUAGCGGAGCUAUGACUUUGCAGAUAUAAUAACCGUUUUGUUUGUUGGGAACUUCAUUGGCAUUGUAUGCGCUCGAUCACUCCAUUACCAAUUUUAUUCAUGGUAAGUGUCAUUCGGUCUGGCUUUGGUAUCUUGUAUAUCUUCUUUUUUCUGGGUUUCUUUAAGAAGAAAAUUGUAGAUAAGCAUUCCUUAUGCCUGCCUUCAUUACUUAUCCUGCAAAUUUAUACUGCUGGGACAUUAAGAUUUUCAUGAAUCAUCUGAGUGAUGUAGAGCUGCUGAACUGCUCCCUUUUAUUUUUAUCCUUUUCUUGGAUCCUCUGGAAUAAUAACACGAGAGAGAACCCUGAGACCUUAAUGAUAUUUAAAGUAUAAAAGUCUCAGGUUUGAGAAUCAAUCUAUGUAUUUGAGGCGAUGGCAAGGGGGUUAAUGCUGUCCAUUACAUUUCCAUAUUUCCAGUAAAUUUUGCUUCUUUUUUUACUAAAAAAAAUUAUACUGGAAAUUGAUGCUUAACUGAUAAUAGACCAUCCAGUUGGGUCAUUAGGUUCGGUAAGUGAGCAUAUACAUUAGAACCAAUCAUUUUCUAUGUCGUCACAUAUCUCAUGAGAACCAAUCAUUUCUUGUCAACACCAAUCUCCGGUGUUAAUAUUCCCAUUGUUCUGGAUAUUCAUGAAACCAAUCCGUUGAUCUUUACAUGUGCUUCUGGAAAAGCAACUGCCUGUUGCUGCCAUUACAAUAAUCCUUGGUCUCUACACCAACCUCGCUUGCUAUUUUAGCAUGGUUUGCCAUUCAAUUAUUCUAUCAGAUGGGACUGAUGCGGUGUGGGCUUUUCAGGUACUUCUACAGCCUGCCAUUUCUCCUGUGGAGGACUCCCUUCCCUACCCCUCUGCGGUACACCACAAUCUUCCUCUACCAUUCUGAGCCAUCUCUCCUGUGGGAACAUUCAUCGCCUGACACAGGGUUAUUUCCGAUAAUUCAGGCUGGCUCUGUUCGGAACGGUGGAGCUCUGCUGGAACAUCUACCCCUCAACCUCCUACUCCUCUGUUCUCCUCCUCUGUGCUCAUCUGCUUCUGCUGCUGGGUCUGUGGAAGGCUCCCUGUGAACUCCCGGAGGUAGCUGCUGAACCAGCGGCUCUGAAGGAGGAAUGA